AUCGGCUUCUACUGAGUAGUAUCCACACCCAGGACAGGGGCCGUGAGACGGACCGUUUUCGUCCCUUGCUGAAACCCUCUGCAGAGGAAGGUGUUAGCUACACACCGCUGCGACCGCUGCGGGCCCCCUCUGAGCAUGCUGCAUGCAUGCUCUAGUAACGCAGCUUGCCUGAACAUCACCAGUGGGUACCGUCGUUCUUGUUGGAGGGACCCAGAAGAAAUAUCAUGCAUAUGUUGGUCGGCCUCCUCUCCAGCGCUCAGCCAGGAGAGCUAGCUGCCUCUGUCUCUAUCACCACAGCAGGUCCACUUGCAUAUAAGUCGUAUACAACAGCAUUUGGAGACAGUAUUGACAACGGAAUUGGAACAGCAUCGGCAAUCAAUGCACUCUAUUCUACUAAAUUUCAAAGAGAACCCGUAAAUCACCAGAGAUCUAUCGCACUUUUUCGAUUCAUACUGCAUUUCGACACCUUCGCUGUGAUGAGGCAGACUCACAUGGUUUUCUCGGCCAAGCCGGGAAUGAGCCACUUGCGUCCUCUCUGUCUUCUUGCUUCCAAGAUCGCAUCAAGGCAGCCGGUUAUCAUAUCUUUCCUCGUCGCCAACGUCGGAGAUAUCUACGACAAGCUUGCCCGCGAGCUACGCCGGUACCAAACCGAUGCGGACGAACCCUGUCCCGGCGUUAUCAGACUCCUGGCCGUUGGAGAGUUAGUUGGCGAAAAAUCGGAGCUUGAAAUGAAGCUAGGCUUCCGGCGAGUUUGGAAAUGUGCCUUUGACGAAACACCUAUGCACUGUCACAGGACCGGCGCGGUUUUCCCGCCCGUUCCUCGUCCUCUGCUGGUUUUGCUCGAUGGCUUCCAGUACACCUGGUUCGAUGUCGUGAGGGACUUCAAGCCGUCCCCUCCCAUUCUCCAGUGGAUGAGCAUGUCACCACUCUCACUACUUCGGUUCGCGGGACCUCCUGAAUGCGGGCCGAUGGGCGACGCUCUCCGCGACUUUUAUGAUGGCAAGGUCACGACGGCGCAAGUUCAGCGUCUUGAGACCGCAGGGAACAUUAUCAAGCUACCUGGAAUUGCUCCUAUGUAUGACUGGGAGUUCCAGCCAGAGGAGCUGAAUCUGGCAGUGAAAGAGAACAUUUGGGACAAGAUCUCGAGAGUGGCGAAGUUCGUGCACGACGCUGACGGGUUCGUCACAACAUGGUCCGUUUCCUACGACAGGGAGGAAUGUUUAAGAGAGUUCAAGGCCUAUGUCAACUCGAUACGCGGACGCCCGGCUUUUCACCUGGGACCUCUGCUUCCUUUGAUUGACGGCAGCGCCGACUUCAAUAGUCAGUGUCUCGCGGCAGAACAACUUAGCAUGCCUACCGAGUCUUUCGAAGCAACCAUGACCUUCCUCGACCGCAUUGCAACUGAGCGUGGUGCAAGGAGCUUAAUGUACAUCAGCUUUGGGAGUGAGCAUUGGCCGUCUUCCACCGAGCGACUCUACGACCUUCUCAUGUCUCUGAAGGCUAAAGACAUCCCCUAUAUUCUGGCUCAUGCCCGGUGCCCGGAGGCUGUUAUCAGGGACUUGAUAGCAAUGUUCGGGGACCCCAGGCUGAACCUCUUUAUCAACUGGGCCCCCCAGCAGUCCAUACUAUCCCACAAGGCGUGUGGCGUGUUCCUUACACACGGCGGUCCAGGCAGCACACUGGAGGCUGCAACCCAGUCUGUCCCGAUGAUUUGUUGGCCGUUUCCUGUCGACCAGGCUGACAGCACCUGUCAUGUCGUCCAAAGCCUGGAGAUAGGCUGGGAGCUUCGGGAGGUGAGAAGCGGCGACGCCGGUAGGAGGCCGGUUCUCGCAACGGGUCGCAGCCAUGGCCACGAUCGCGACGCGGCCAGAGCCGAGUUCAACCGUGUUCUUGACGAAGCGUUCGGCCCGGAAGGAGAGAAGAAGCGUGAGAAGGCGCGGCGUCUGGCGGAGGAAUUGGGCGCGUGCUGGUCCCCGGGCGGACAUGGCUCGAGAGGAUUGAGCGACUUCUUGCGGACGUACUGCCCGUGAAGACAGGAGUUGUUUUGGACAAGCACAUUCGAGACUGCACAGUGGAAGCCCAAGUCCGAAUGGUCUGGAGAGCACAAAGAACCGCCAAAAAGGAAAGUACGACGCACGAUGCUAUUCUCCGACAGCUUGUCCCAGUAAUGCACCUCCAAGCACGAUGCCCGACACAUAGCAACUGCUACCUCGCCUCGAG